UCGCCUUGUUCCGACUAACAAGGGUCGUUCGGAUCCCGUGGUGACCUCUUGGGCCCCACCUGAGGGUUGUGAGCCUGCGAAGCCGAAGAAGGGGUCGUUUUCCGAUCGUAAGCCUCCGCGAUUAAAUGUGAAGCUAUCUGCUAGUCCUUUGGCGCCUCAGCCUCGUCCAAGUCAACGGAGGAGCGCGUCACAGCCCCCCAAGGAUAUGAGUGUCAGCCCGACUCCUUCGUUUGUGGAUCAUCUGAGGAACCUAUGGGUUAGCCUCCCCAUAGGGGCUAGUUGGGUGACGCCACGCCUUCAUGUAUCAUCAGUUCACCCUCUUAGGGCUGAGACCGUACGUGGCAGGGGUGAACUUCCAGUAUCUCCUAGUAUCGUUCUCCAAUCAACGAGUCCUUCUGGGUCCAGCCGGUCAGCCUUUGGUGGGUCCUCAUCCCACGUGGCAACAACCAUUAAUGAUCCUGCAGGCUCCGCCAGCGGCUCUGAAUUGUCUUCUAGUUCCUCCGCGUCUCGUCCCAAAAUUGAUGAUACUCCGCUAGGCUCGUCAAUUACCGAGGAUAUGAGUAAGAAGCGAAAGGAACCCACGAAGCCCGACAUGGAUGGUACCAGGCGCGUGGUUCCUGGUGUCGAUGGUUCUUCUAAACGAACUAGAGUGGAUGGCGGCAGUUCGUCUGUUCUCUCGGAGAAGAAUACUGAUAUUCUUGUUGUUGACGUGACGACCAACCCUGUUGUAACGGAGGAUUCUGAGGAUGCACGGUUCCGCUUCCCUUUGGUAGUGAGCGCUGCAGAGGCUGGGGUAGAUCCCGCUACCCACACCCUAGUCCAUGGCGUCUGGGUGCUAACUGCUUUUGAUGCCACCUAUAGAGACAUUGUUGAGCGUGGUGGUGGUCAUAUGGCGAAGGAGGGUCUUUUGGAUGUCCCUAUCCUGUGCUACAUGACUAGGAAUCUCUUGGAGAUUGCAGACCAACUCACCCAUGUAGGGGAUGAUCCUGUCGAUGAAGCGAGGUUGCGUAGCUGGGAAGCUGCCGUGCAAUAUGCACUCAACGUCAAAUUCACUAUAUCGUGGCUGAAGGAGCUGUUGGUGAAGGUGAGGAGCUGCAAUGAUCCUCGCAGUCGUCUUUCUGGUCAAAUUUCUCAAUUAGAAGGGAAACUAGAGAAGUGUUAGGAGACGACUUCCAGCAAGAGGGUGGUGCUAAAUCUGUUGCUUGAUGACAUUGGGUUAGCAAAUGAUGAGGUGCUGUGUGCUGAGGCCGCUGAAGCGGCGGUUCGUGCAGAACUCGAGGAGAAACGACAGGAGUUGGAGAAGCUCUGAUUUGCUUAAGGCGCUUUGUUCCUAUGUUGGCUUUUUUUUUCGUUUUCCUUUGUUGGACUUGUUUGUUUGCUCUUGGAUUGUGGGAUAUUUUGUUGGUGUGUGGAUUAAUUUUUCUUGUUGGUGGUAUUUAUUUAUUGACUAUUUUGUUUGUU